UGCCGCCGAGAAAACACAAACAGAAGCCGUCCGUGUUGCACAGAGCAGCCGCGGACAGGGCUGAGUCUCCACGGUUCUCAUGGUGUGUUUAAGGGCAUCCUGCUGCUCCGGUUUUCUCAUCUCUACACUCCGACUCUCGUUGUAGCGCCAACAAGGAAGGAAGGAAGGAAGAUGGCAGAAGUCGCUCCAGCUCCAGCUCCGGCCAAAGCGGUCAAGAAGAAGGCCUCCAAGCCCAAGAAGAGCGGCUCCAGCGUCAGCGAGCUGAUCGUGAAAACUGUGGCCGCCUCCAAGGAGCGAAGCGGCGUGUCGUUGGCCGCCCUCAAGAAGGCUCUGGCUGCCGGAGGAUACGAUGUGGACAAGAACAAAGCCCGCGUCAAGACCGCCAUCAAGAGCCUGGUCACCAAGGGCACCCUGGUCCACACCAAGGGAACCGGAGCUUCCGGCUCGUUCAAGAUGAGCAAGAAGGUCGAAGCCAAGGCUGCGAAGCCCGCCGCUCCUAAAGCCAAGAAGCCAGCCGCAAAGAAGCCCGCCGCAGUGGCCAAGAAGCCCAAGAAGGCGGCAGCAAAGAAACCAGCAGCGGCCAAGAAGUCUCCAAAGAAGGUCAAGAAGCCUGCAGCGGUGAAGAAGGUCGCCAAGAGCCCUAAGAAGGUCGCCAAGAGCCCUAAGAAGGUGGUGAAGAGCCCUAAGAAGGUGGUGAAGAAGGCUCCCGCAGCCAAGAAAAGUCCAGCGAAGAAGGCAGCUAAGCCCAAAGUCAAGAAGGCAGCAGCCAAGAAGAAGUGAGCUCCAUCCACAACAAACAUAAUUAACUCAACAAAGGCUCUUUUCAGAGCCAACACCUCUCUCUUAAGAACACAUUCACUACUUUUUGUAAACUUUAAUCUAUGUCCAUGAAUAGAAAAGGCUCUAUUUCUUUACAGUUUACAUUUUAAUUUAAUUUUACUUUUGUACUAUUCUGGGGUUUAUUUUCUUAUAAAGACUUUUUUGAUAUA